AUGAAUCCGUGGCAGCAAGGCCAAGGAAACCCGCAACAACAAUACUAUCAUAAUAUUGGAUUCUGCAACAGUGCCCCACAGUCUUUUGGGAACCCAAUGCCUAUGCCAGGAAUGCCAACAAUGGGAUACCCAGGACCCCAGCCUGGUGGCGCUCCCGGAUACCCCCAGGUAUCGCAGGGUUACCCUCAACAACAAAACUCUCCAUAUCCGAGACAACAAGUGAAUCAGGGUUAUCCAAAUUCUGCUCAAGGGUACCCAGGUCAGGGUUACCCACAGACUGCUCAAACCGGGUACCCCCAACAGGCUCAACAAGGGUAUGCCCAACCUGCUCAAAGUAGUUACCCUGUUCAAGGGCAAGGUAAUCCUGGUUACCCGCAAAGUGGCCCAGGUUACCCUCAAAGUAGCCCCGGUUACCCGCAAACUAAUCAAUACCAGGGGCAACAACAGUAUAGUCAGUCUCAUGCUAGCCACCAAGCUUACAAUGUGUCUUCAUCAUAUGUUGCAAUGCCAAAGACGAAGCCGACUGUUGUGCCGGCAAAUCCCUUCGACCCUCGGGAAGAUGCUGCCGUCCUUCGGAAGGCCAUGAAAGGCUUCGGUACAGACGAGAAGGCUAUUAUCCACGUCCUAUCUAGACGCACUAAUGAACAGCGUCUCCGAAUCGCCUUUGAGUUCAAGACUCUCUACGGAAAGGAUCUGGUCGCGGAUUUGAAGAGCGAAACCAGUGGCAAGUUUGAGGAUCUACUGGUGGCUCUGAUGACUCCCUUGCCACAGUUCUACUGUAAGGAGCUCCAUGACGCCAUCGCGGGCAUCGGCACUGAUGAGGACGUUCUCAUUGAAGUCAUGUGCACCAUGUCCAACCACGAGAUCAACGUCAUCAAGCAGACUUACACUGCUAUGUACGGAAAUCUUCUUGAGGACGACCUGCGCGGUGACACAUCUGGAAACUUCAAACGGCUCAUGACGUCACUCUCUAUGGGCAACCGAUCUGAGGACUUCCACGUCGACGCGGAGAAGGCUAGGGAGGACGCCAGGAGCUUGCUCCAAGCUGGUAAGAUAUUGAACCUUAUUUCUAUAACUAAUAGAAUUUAA